CAGGAGGAUGGGGCAGACAGACAGCCCCCUCCAUGCUGCCAGUUGGGAACCAGGCCAGGCCAAUGGGCACAAUCUCCACCCUGCCCCAUGGCCAUUGCAGCCUCAGCAGUCAGCCUGAAGGGUUCCCAGAAGGUAGGCCACCUCUAGGCUGGGAAGUGGGUGCCUGUGUCUUUAAAUUCUCAGCAGGUUGAAACGGCUGAUGACAUCACUGGUUCCCGGGAGCGGAGGAGCUAGAGCUAGAGCCCGAGGGAGCCCGGGCUGCUAGGGGCUGCAGACAUGGAGGGCCAGAGCAGCAGUGGCAGCAAGAGGCCAGGGACCUGGGCUGGCCUGCGCCCCCUGCCCAUGCCCCAUGGGGUUUCUCAAACUGAGGCACCUUCCAAGGUGGACUCAAGUUUUCAGCUCCCAGCGAAGGAGAAUGCAGCCCCAGUACCCUCCGAACCAAGAUUGGCUCUAGCACCUGUGGGGCCACGAGCAGCUAAUCCACCUUCCACAGAGGGGCCAAGGCUGGCUCUGGUGUCUCCCCGACCCAUCCUGGCUCCGCUGUCUACCCCUAGCAGGCAGAAAACCACUCCUGCCCGCCACAGUUCCAACCUGGCUCCAACAUCUGUGGGCCAGUUAGUCAUGUCUGCCCCAGCUGGGCCGAAGCCUCCUCCAGUGACCUCAGGCUCAGUCCUGCCUCCAACAUCCCUGGGGCAGCUGGUAAUGUCCGCUUCAGCAGGGCCAAGGCCUCCCACAGCCACUCUGGGGCCCAGGCUGGCUCCAACAUCCAGGGACCAGAAGCAGGUGCCACCUGCCUCCGUGGGACCCAAGCCAGCACUCGCUGCUUCGGGCCUGAGCCUGGUCCUGGCAUCUGAGGAGCAGACACCACAGCCCCCCUCCAACUCUUCCCCAGUUUUGUCAUCUUCUCAGGAACAGGCCCUGGCUCCAGCAUCUGUGAUACCAACCCCAGCCUCUGUGGGAUGGACACCUGCUAAACAGAGGGAUGCCCCAGCCCCUAAACCUCUCCCCUCUUCUGAAGGGCAUCUCCAGCCUUCAGCUCAGACAUCUGGUCCUUCGGGCUCCACAUCCUUGAUCCAAACACCCCCAGGCCCCCGAAUCUCCCCCUCAUUCAGAGCCCGUCCUGAGGCCCCCCGCAGCAGCCCUGAGGAUCCUGUCCUGUCCCGGCCACCCCAGACCCUGCCUCUGGAUGUAAGCCAGAGCCCUCCAGAGCCUACUACCCGUUCCCCAGGACUUCUGUCCCCCACCUUCCGGCCAGGGGCCUCCUCGGCACAGACUGUGCCCCCACCUCUGCCCAAGCCACCCAGGUCUCCCAGUCGUUCCCCCAGCCGCUCUCCCAACCGCUCCCCUUGCGUCCCCCCAGCCCCUGAGAUGGCCCUCCCCAGGCCUAGCACCCAGGGGGCAGGACCUAGUGGACACCUGAGCCCCAGUGUUCAGCCCCAAGAAACUCCAGCUCCGGUCACCACCUCCCCUUCUACAUCCACCUCAUCAUCCUCUUGGUCAGCUCAGCCUACCUGCAAGAGCGACCCUGGCUUCUGGAUCACUGUGGUCACGUGGAAUGUGGGCACCGCCAUGCCCCCUGACGACGUCACAUCCCUCCUCCACCUGGGCAGCGGUGGCGAUGACAGUGAAGGGUCGGACAUGAUUGCCAUUGGGUUGCAGGAAGUGAACUCCAUGAUCAACAAGAGGCUCAAGGAUGCACUCUUCACAGACCAGUGGAGUGAGCUCUUCAUGGACGCGCUGGCACCCUUCAACUUCGUGCUGGUGAGUACUGUGCGGAUGCAGGGCGUCAUCCUGCUGCUGUUCGCCAAGUACUACCACUUGCCUUUCCUGAGAGACGUGCAGACUGAUUGCACACGCACUGGCCUGGGAGGCUAUUGGGGCAACAAGGGUGGAGUGAGCGUGCGACUGGCGGCCUUCGGGCACAUGCUCUGCUUCCUGAACUGCCACUUGCCAGCGCACAUGGACAAGGCAGAGCAGCGCAAGGACAACUUCCAAACCAUCCUUAGCCUCCAGCAGUUCCAGGGGCCCGGGGCACAUGGCAUCCUGGAUCACGACCUCGUGUUCUGGUUUGGGGACCUCAACUUCCGCAUUGAGAGCUAUGACCUGCACUUUGUCAAGUUUGCCAUUGACAGUGAUCAGCUCCACCAGCUCUGGGAGAAGGACCAGCUCAACAUGGCCAAGAACACCUGGCCCAUCCUGAAGGGCUUCCAGGAGGGGCCCCUCAACUUUGCACCCACCUUCAAGUUUGAUGUGGGUACUAACAAAUAUGAUACCAGUGCCAAGAAGCGGAAGCCAGCCUGGACAGACCGUAUCCUGUGGAAGGUCAAGGCUCCAAGUGUGGGUCCCAGCCCUUCAGGACGGGAAAGCCACCGGCUCAAGGUGACCCAGUACAGCUACCGUAGCCACAUGGAAUACACAGUCAGCGAUCACAAGCCCGUGGCUGCUCAGUUCAUCCUGCAGUUUGCCUACAGGGACGACGUGCCACUAGUGCGGCUGGAGGUGGCAGAUGAGUGGGUGCGGCCAGAGCAGGCUGUGGUGAGGUACCGCAUAGAAACAGUGUUCGCCCGCAGCUCUUGGGACUGGAUCGGCUUGUACCGGGUGGGUUUCCGCCACUGUAAGGACUACGUGGCUUAUGUCUGGGCCAAACAUGAGGAUGUGGAUGGGAACAUGUACCAGGUGACCUUCAGUGAGGAGUCACUUCCCAAGGGCCAUGGAGAUUUCAUACUGGGCUAUUAUAGCCACACCCACAGCAUCCUCAUCGGUGUCACUGAGCCCUUCCAGAUCUCGCUGCCUACCUCGGAGUUGGCCAGCAGCAGCACAGAUAGCUCAAGUGCCAGCUCAGAGGACGAGGAUGACAGUACCCUGGAGCUGCUUGCACCCAAGUCCCGCAGCCCCAGCCCUGGCAAGUCCAAGAGACACCGUAGCCGCAGCCCGGGCCUGGCCCGCUUCCCCGGCCUUGCCCUGCGGCCUUCAUCCCGUGAACGCCGCGGUGCCAGCCGCAGCCCCUCACCCCAGAGCCGCCGCCUGCCUCGGAUGGCCCCUGACAGGGGCAAUGAUGGUAGCAGCCGGGGCAGUAGUGAGGAGGGGCCCUCUGGGCUGCCUGGUCCCUGGGCCUUCCCACCACCUGUGCCUCGAAGCCUGGGCUUGCUGCCUGCCUUGCGCCUGGAGACUGUUGACCCUGGUGGUGGUGGUUCCUGGGGACCUAAUCGGGAAGCCCCAGCCCCUCAUAGCCUGUCUCCCAGUCCCCAGGGCCGGCAGGGGCUAGAGGAAGGGGGCCUGGGGCCCUGAGGAUGGAUGGGCAGAUGGGCCCAGACAGUCCCCACUGUGCCCCAAUCUUCUGCAAACCCACCUGUGUCCCUCUUGCUGCUGCUCCAGCUUUAUCUGCACCUGCCACUGUCUUGGCCAGGGGUGGCCAUCUGGGGUCCCCCAAACUGAGUCCCGGCACCUCAACUGUGACAAUCAGCAAAGCCCUAUUGGCCCCCAUCUGGGAUGGGGGGGGGCAAUCCUGGAGGUCAUCAAUUAGAAAUUAAAUUCUCCAGCAUCA